AUGAGCUCCACAAAGUCACUCUGCAGGGCCCUCUUUCUCAUUGUGCUCUUAGGUGUCUUCAUUGCUGCAACAUAUGGGAAGUUAACCCGCACGCCCAAACGCCUCGAUCCGCGCUGCACGACCGCUUCCUGGAAGCCCCCAGCGCUCGACGCGCAACAUCCCACGGCAUGGCGGCGUGGUGUGUGGCACGUGGGCACCAGAACGCCUUCUCGUUCGCUCAGGAAAUGGUCAUGGAUUCCACUAUGCUCGAUGAUCGAUAUGGCGACCGUUCGCGGGAAUCAUCUGACGGCCGCUGAGCGCAAGAAUGUGGAGAAGAGGAUUAAGGCGGUUGAGAAAGAGCGGGAUUUGGCGGAUCGGGAGUAUUAUGGGGUUCCCCAACCGGACAUCGGGAUGAGAAAGGAAAACAACACGAAUUAUGAUGACGGGGACGGAGGAACAUCUGAGGACCUGCUGUGGGCGCAAACGAUUCACCGUUGGGAGCACUCAGGCUUUUCUCGCAUCGUAGAAUCCUGA